AUGGCGGGAAAGGCUCCCUCAGUCACGUCGUCCACACGAUCCGGUACUUGGAAGGGAUGGUUGUGGGAUUCGGCUGAUGUGUCCAAGGAAGAAAGGAGACUUCUUCUAAAGAUUGAUACCUCAAAUAUCACCAAUGCAUUUGUCUCUGGGAUGAAGGAAGACCUCAAUCUUUAUCAAAAUCAAUACAACUACAUCAUUGUUGCAUGGACUGUAGGCUACAUCAUAGGGCAAUGGCCUUCGAACUUCGUCUUGACGCGAGUCCGUGCUCACAUCUGGAUUCCGUUCCUCGAGCUGGGUUGGACCGUCUUCACCUUUACCCUCGCAGGGGCAAAGAGCUAUCAUGCAAUGCUCGGCCUUCGAUUCGUCGUCGGUCUCUUUGAAGCAGGAUACUGGCCAGCACUAUACUACAUUCUUGGGAGCUGGUACAAUAAACGUGAGCUUGGGAAACGCAAUGGCAUUCUUCAAUCUGCAGUAUCGAUUGCGCCGAUUUUCAGUGGAUUCUUGCAAGCCGGGAUCUAUAACUCCCUCAAUGGUCAUGCUGGUCUUGCCGGAUGGAGAUGGCUAUUUGUCAUCAACGGCGUGAUUUCUUUCCCGGUCGCCGUCCUUGCUUACUUCUGCUUGCCCGACACUCCUGGCACUGCAAAGCCAAGCUGGUUGCUGACCGAACGUGAUAUUGAACUCGCACGAGAGAGGAUGACGAGAGCUGGUCGGGUUCCCGAAGGCAAACCCUAUUCCGUCAAGGUUAUUCUGGGCUACUUCACCAGCUGGAAAACGGUUCUCUUCACCCUUAUUUUCACUAUGCAACCCUUUGGAAGCCAGCCAUUCACCUCGUUCGUCUUUUGGCUGAAGGCGCACAACAUCAAGGGCAAACCCCCUGUAUACAGUGUUGCACAGAUUAACGAAUACCCAACCAUCGGGAACGCCUUUACCGCGGCGUACUCUCUGGUCGCUGUAUGGAUCUCUGACGGACCAUUCAGAGGCCGCCGCUGGCCGAUCAUCAUCUUUUCCAACCUGAUCGCCAUCGUCGUCUUUGUCUUGCUCGCCGUGACUCCUGUCUUUGGUCCUUUCUCUCAUCGCGCCCCACUCUAUAUCGUGUCCUCGAUUGGAGGCAGCUGUGUCCCGCUUACCAUGGCAUGGAUGGCCGAGUUGAUUUCCGACAAUGCUGAACAAAGGGCUUUCACUGCGGCCGCUAUGAAUACUCUGCAAUAUACCUUCACGGCAUGGAUACCACUGGUUUGGUUCCAACAGGUGCAUCAACCUUAUGUCACACCCGGUAACAGAGCAGCGGCCGUGGUUGCGGGAUUCAACGUGAUCAUAUUCGGAGUCAUCGCUGUGCUCGCACAUAGGGAGAAGAAACAGAAGAAGAGAAAUGGUCAACUCGAACUUACCUCUUCUCCCAGUGACCCCCCUACGCCCUCUAUCGAGGAUUCAAUUGAGAAGAAGCCAUCGCUCGGGGUGCAAGCAGUCGAGAUCUGA